GCAUAUACGCUGGUGCAUGGUCGAAAGGUAUGCGACAGGGAUUAGGUGUGCGUAAAUCUGCACCAUGGGGUCUAGCCGCAGAACAUCACAGCACAGUUCGUGCUGCCCAAUCACAAAGCAGUCUUCCCUCCACCCAUGAUUCCGACCGGGGUGGCUGGCGAGGUCCUGGUAGUUCGGGCGACUCCGCCGGUUCGGUUGACCACCUACAUGGUGGUCGGUUCGAGACCUUCCGAUCCGGUUUCGUGCUCAAGGCCACUUCAUACCCCCCUGGUUCCACGCCACCCCCUUCAAGAUCUCAAUCCGCAACCCCUUUCCGUUCCUCCUCAAAUGAAAAACGCAAUUCCAUAAAGCGAUUCAUUUUAAAGAAACUCCGAAAGCCAAAAUCAACCGGUGAUUUGAGUAGUGUUGGUCCACAUACAAUCGGCGGGGCAGGUUCAGCAGGUUCUUUAAAACUUGGAUUACACGCACCUCGAGCUGGGGGUUCCCUCAGAUCAAACAUCAGUGGUGCUACAGCUAAUUCUGUGUUUGUUGAACACCAAAGCCGAAUCGAUGGAGCUGGUGUUUUGAUGGACAAUCUUGAUGAACCACUGGGACCUAAUGUCACAGAAACUUAUAGUGGACAGUGGAAUGAAGAUAGGAGAUCGGGUUAUGGAGUUGCGGAGAGAUCGGAUGGGUUGAGAUAUGAAGGUGAAUGGUUUAAUAACAAGAAGGAUGGAUACGGAGUCACUUGUCACCCGGAUGGAAGUCGAGAAGAGGGUAGAUAUAAAGAGAAUAUGCUAGUUCAACCUCUAAUGAAGAGGACAAAAUUCUACCUCCUUCGACACUCCAAACUCAAGGACAAUGUUGAGGAGGCUGUGAGGAAAGCGAGGGAAGCAGCCAAAGAAGCCCAAGAAAAAUCAGCAGAAACGGCUCAUCAAAGGUGCGUUUCGAUAUCAGUAGUAUAUGAGAUUACGCUUAUAAAAAACACCACUUAA